AUGAAUCGCUCAAAGUCGGAUGUCUCGGAGGCUGGUGUGGGCGGUCAGCAGACGGCACUGGCCGUGCUCCUGGAGCAGGCUUUCAGCAUCAAAGAGGAGGUCGCGGCAGGUCUUCAGUCCACCAGGGGCUCCGUCCAGGUGGAGGCACUUUCCCGCAAGCUGCUGGAGAGACACAUACUGACGGUCACACACAUUGUCAAGCAGCUGAGCAUGGAGAUACAGGCAAUGGAGAGACAGCUCGUGCAGCGGGACUCUGUCACCUCUGGAACCACACGAGCCGUUCAAAGCUUAGACCAAAAAAACACGGCUGGCAUUGGAGACCUGAGAGCAAGAGUAGCCAGGUGUGACGCCAGCAUUGUGAAGCUGAGCGUGGACGUGAGCUCCGGGGAGCAGCAGAUGAACCGACUGCAGCAGGAGAUGAAAGACCUCAGAGCAGCUGUCGAUGUAAAGAUUAAAGAACUGGAAUUCAAGCUCCAUCGUGACCUUGGAGGACUGACAACGUCAUUGACAGAGAUUUCCAAGAGUCAAAGGAACAACGUGUCUGAGCUGAAGAGACACAAUGAGUUACGGGAAGACAAGAUGUGGAGUGGCAUAAAAGAAGUCAAAGAACAGACAGAUUCACUGAAGAAGUGGUCAGAACAACAGCUCAGUGAUUCUCUACAGACAAAUGUGCAGAACAACCAGCAGCUACAUGAAAACAUGGUGGAGGCAGAGUCCAGAUUGAGUGGACAGCUGUUUGCUCUGGAGGUCCGUGUGGAUCAGGCCGAACAGAGUCAAGCGGAUCGGCUGAAGCGCUCCGAGAACAAACUGGGUCGGAGGAUGAGCUCAGUGGAGAGCGGCCUUCAUCAGGAGCUGCAGCUGCUCAAACAGGAAUAUCACAAAGGGUUCCAGUCUGUGUACGAUGCCAUCGAGUCCCUGAGGCAGAUAAGCGACGUUAAGUCUCGCCUCGACAAGGAGAAGCUGCAGAACGAGAUCAGGCACAUCUGCAGCAAGGUCGCAGACAUCAGUGACUGA